AUGUCUUCAAAUGAACAAGCAGUUGUUGAAGAGGUUAAGGAUGUUGAGCCCACAAAAAAGAAGAAGAAAAAGUCUCAAAACAAUGAAGGAAAUAAGGAAAAAAGACUGGGUGAUGAUAAGUUUAAUGUUGAACAGUUGGUGAUUGUUAAUGGGCAUGGCAACAAAAAAGUUAAACCGCAAGAAAGUACGUCACUAGUAAAUGACAUUGCCACUAUUAAUGGUGAUACAACGUGCUCACCUGAAAUUUCUGAUCAUCAAAAGUCAAAUAAUGUUGAGAAAAAGGUUUUGAAAAAAGCAACAAGUCCUGAUGGAGAGCCAUUUGCAAAAUUCCAGAAGAAUUUCACUCCGCCAGCAUUUUUUAGAAAGUCUCUUCGAAAAACACCAAGAACAGAGCCACAGAAAAGCAAGACAAGUCAAGAAAAGGUAAGUAUUCACAGCAAAUAGCAGUUUUCAUCAAUUGCGUCUCGCCACAAGAUGAUGGGACAUUGGAGUGUUGAUACAACAAACUCCAAUAUAAAAAACUAACAUUUCACAAAUAAAAAAAUAUGUUUUUCUUUGCCCCAUUUACUAGUAAUAUAAUUUGUGGAAUGAGAGCACAAUAUAUACCUUUCCCAUCUUAUAAAAAGCGCAGUUCUUGCCCCUGUGGGUUCUUAGGGACCCCAAAACGUUUUUGGGAAGUGAGGCCUUCUCCUUUUUAUAUGCCUUGACGCUAACUUUGUCUUUAAAAGACAAUUUGAGUUCUCCAUGAUGCAAAAAAGUGUUGACGUCCGUCGCUCAAAAUUCCCCCAAAAAUCAGGUUCUCAAAACCCUCCAAGGCAGUUAAAGUAAAAACAAAUCAAAGGGGAGUUGCAGUGUUUGUGCCCUUUAAACAAGGUUCAAUGUGUCUGGUUAUUGUAAUGUCAAGCCAAUAAAAAAUAUUAUUCUGGAAGAAAUUUAAAGCACAUGUUUGCAACAAAAUGAUGAAAAUUAAAAUAUUUUCUUAUUUUGCAAACCUCAUCUUUGCUAUUGAACAACAAUAAGACUGUUGUGUCCAAAUGUGAAGGAAACUAACUUUGAACCAGAAGUGGUGUUGCAUCAAUAACCAGUAAUGAACGUCACACUAAUGUCAACUACAUUGCAGUAACACAAAGUUUGCUCAGUAUAUGAUUAACCUAGUGUAAUUUUUUUCUUAAGAAUCAAACACCAACUUCCGUUCCAGCCAAGGGAUCAAGGAAGAGAGUAAGAAUUGAGAUGUCUAAAAACACAGCACACACUACACAAGGUUUGCUUAAACCUAUUCUAUUUUUUUUUGCUUUAUCAAAUCAUUUAAAAUUUCCGAAUUAGAUUGGUUGAGCCUUGGGGUAAAUUUUCCAGCAUAAGACCCCACUUCUGGCUGCUUUCUACUGGUGCAAAAUAUUUUCAUAAUAUUGAACUUUGGUAUUUUUUUAAUCUAACAGAUUAUCUACGCACUCUAAAACAAAGUCCUAACAUUCCAUUUGAUGCGCAAAAGACACCAACGCAGGGAUUGCUCAAGUCACCACCCUUGCCUAGAAGAACCCCACUAUAUGUCAAAGUAAAGAGGUCCACAGACAUGCGACAGAAACAACAGAAACAAUCUAAGUCACCAAAGAGACCGAAAGCAGCUGACUUCUUCUAACACUUGCACU